ACAUCAUCUCAUUCAAACUGAGCGUGCCGCAUGAAUACGAGCUGCAUGUGUAGCAGUUGUUCAUAAAAAUGACGUGGGACAAAAUAGCGCUCUUCUUUUUACAACUUUCAUGGACUGUUCAGCAUGUCACAGCCAUUCACAGACAUGACAUCUAUCCAUAUGGGAUGUUUUACGGCGAUGCAACUCUGCAAGAAGGGGACGAUGAAACUUCUAAAGUCAUCACUCUCACCAAACCCAUGUACUUCUAUGAGGCGUCCUUCACAAACUUAUAUGUGGCCACCAAUGGAAUCAUCUCAACUCAGGAUCUUCCCAUGGAGAAGCAGUAUGUAGAUGACGGUUUCCCCACCGACUUCCCUGUCAUCGCCCCCUUCCUUGCUGACAUUGACACCAGCAAAGGAAAAGGAUCCAUCUUUUACCGGCAGACGGAGUCUCCUACCGUGCUGAAGCGGGCGGAAGCGGACGUCAAGAGAGGUUUUCCAGAUGCCACAUUCACCCCAACCCAUGCCUUUAUCGCCACUUGGGAGAAUGUGUCAGCUUAUGAGGAGGUCACCCGCACUUCUAGCCCAUCCAAUCGGGUAAACACAUUCCAAGUGGUGCUUGCGUACAAUGAGAAGGACACUUAUGCCCUCUUCCUAUACCCUGAGGAUGGCCUGCAGUUUUUUGGGACACGGCCCAAAGAAUCUUACAAUGUCGAAAUCGAGCUUCCAGCUCGUGUGGGCUUCACCAGAGGAGAGCUGUCCUACCUCUUCUUUUCUAGGACAGAGGGGCCGUACUACAGCGUAACCAGCAAUGAGCAGUCCAUCAAGAACCUUUACCAAAAAGGUAACAUAGGAGAGGCUGGAGUUUGGCUCUUCUACAUUGGAAACAGUUAUUCCUUCCAGAAUGUCGUUCCUGCACAGCACGAGCCUGUUUUAUCCAAAUCUCCCCCAGUCCUGGAUGCUGUGUUUCCUGAUGAAGACUACACAGUCACAGAUGAGGAGGAGUACGAUCCUAUUGAUCCAGAAUUCCAAGAACCCACCACAACAGAGUUUCUUGAGCCAGAGCAGGACUCCUCCAUACUGAAGCGUCUCAACCAGGAGGUGUCCCUUGGUCUGUCUCCGCCUCAGCCUCCAGUGUUUCCUGAGCCAGAUCUCCAUAAUCUCCCCCCAGAGGACGUGACCCAGCCCCAGCGGCCAUUACCAAAGCACGCAAUUCUGCAGGUGUACCCGAACCCUGUGAAGGAUGUCCCACCUCACCCUUCUGGUGGUCAAGUGUUCAGUGUUGAGGAGAAAGUGAACUUUGACUCUGGAGUGAUCCAUUACUCAACCGAUAAUAAAGAGACAUGUGAGCGCUUCCAGCAGCAGUGCAGUCAGAACGGACACUGCACAGACUAUCCCACCGGCUUCUGCUGUCACUGCAACUCAGGAUUCUAUGGCAAUGGCCGUCACUGCCUGCCAAAUGGUGCACCUCAUCGUGUGAACGGAAAGGUCAGAGGAACCGUACUGGUGGGCGGCACAGCAGUGCAGCUAGACAGCAUCGACCUGCACGCCUACAUCGUGGUGGGUGACGGACGAGCGUACACCGCCAUCAGUGAGGUCCCAGAGCCGGUGGGCUGGGCCCUCAUGCCUGUGGCCCCCAUUGGAGGUCUGUUUGGUUGGCUCUUCGCCCUGGAGCUGCCAAACAGCCUUAAUGGCUUCAGUAUCACCGGUGCCGAAUUCACUCGCCGUGCCGAGGUGACCUUCUAUCCCGGUAACCAGCGUCUCAGCAUCGUUCAGACGGCUACGGGUUUGGAUACCCAGAACUACCUCAGUGUGGACACUCAUUUACAGGGCAGUGUUCCCUUUAUACCUCCUGGUGCAACAGUGCAAAUGGAACCAUUUAAGGACACCUACCAUUAUUAUCCUUCAUUGAUUACCUCCACAUCCGUACGUGAGUUUACAGUCGUCUCAGCUGAAAACGGAGCGGAGACCCACAGUUUCCAGGUCAAACAGAACAUCACAUACAGGGACUGCACUCACGGGCUCCGCAGUGGACUGGAGAUGCAGGAACUGAGAAUAAAUCGCAUAUUUGUUAUGUACGUCAAAGAGGAGCGCAUCCUUCGAUACGCCAUCACCAACAAGAUCGGCCCUUUCGGAGCUGGAGACCAAGAGCCAGAAGAGGUGAAUCCCUGUUACUCUGGAAAUCAUGACUGUGACACAACCGCACAGUGCGUUCCGGGUGAGGGACAGUUGUUUUUGUGCCAGUGCGCCACAGGUUACAGAGGAGACGGACGCAACUGUUAUGAUGUGGAUGAGUGUGCAGAAGGUCUGAGCUCCUGCAGUGCUCAUUCUUACUGUGUGAACCUGCCUGGAAGCCAUCGCUGUCAGUGUGAGAGCGGAUUUGAGUUUGGAUUUGACGGCCGGACAUGUCAGGAUGUGGACGAGUGCCGUGACCAGCCGUGCCACACCCAGGCCUUGUGCUCAAACAGUCCGGGAUCUUUCCAGUGCCAGUGCCAACCGGGAUACCAUGGAGAUGGUUUCCAGUGCCACCCUCAAAAUGGUCGUCCCAAGACCCAGUGUGAGCAUCACAGAGACAGUCUUCAGAGCGGACACGGUGGUGUUCGUCCUAUAGGAGCCUUCAUCCCUCAGUGUGAUGAGGAGGGUCAGUACAGGCCGCUGCAGUGCCACGGGUCCACAGGUCACUGCUGGUGUGUGGACAGUAGAGGACAGGAGAGAGCAGGAACCCGAACUCCACCUGGAACACCAUCUAAAAACUGCGAUGAGCCAGUGCGUCCCAAGACCCAGUGUGAGCAUCACCGAGACAGUCUUGGGAGUGGAAAUGGUGAUGUUCCUGUGGUAGGAGCCUACAUCCCUCAGUGUGAUGACGAGGGUCAGUACAGGGCGCAGCAGUGCCACGGGUCCACAGGUCACUGCUGGUGUGUGGACAGUAGCGGACAGGAGAGAGCUGGAACCCGAACUCCACCUGGAGCCCCAACAAUAAACUGUGAUGAGCCUGUGCGUCCCAAGACCCAUUGUGAGCAGCACAGGGACAGUCUUCUGAGCAGAAAUGAUGGUGUUACUUUGGAAGGAGCCUUCAUCCCUCAGUGUGAUGACGAGGGUCAGUACAGAUCACAGCAGUGCCAUGGGUCCACAGGUCACUGCUGGUGUGUGGACAGUAGGGGACAGGAGAGAGCCGGAACCCGAACUCCACCUGGAACCCCAACAAUAAACUGUGAUGAGCCUGUGCGUCCCAAGACCCAGUGUGAGCAGCACAGAGACAACCUUAGGAGCGGAAAUGGUGAUGUUCCUGUGAUAGGAGCCUUCAUCCCUCAGUGUGAUGAGGAGGGUCAGUACAGAUCACAGCAGUGCCACGGGUCCACAGGUCACUGCUGGUGUGUGGACAGUAGAGGACAGGAGAGAGCGGGAACCCGAACUCCACCUGGAGCCCCGACAAUAAACUGUGACGAGCCUGUGCGUCCCAAGACCUAUUGUGAGCAGCACAGAGACAGUCUUCAGAGUGGAAAUGGUGGUGUUCCUCCUAUAGGAGCCUUCAUCCCUCAGUGUGAUGACGAGGGUCAGUACAGAUCACAGCAGUGCCACGGGUCCACAGGUCACUGCUGGUGUGUGGACAGUAGGGGACAGGAGAGAGCGGGAACACGAACUCCUCCUGGAGCCCCAACAAUAAACUGUGAUGAGCCUGUGCGUCCCAAGACUCAUUGUGAGCAGCACAGAGACAGUCUUCAGAGCGGAAAUGGUGGUGUUCCUCCUAUAGGAGCCUUCAUCCCUCAGUGUGAUGAGGAGGGUCAGUACAGAUCACAGCAGUGCCACGGGUCCACAGGUCACUGCUGGUGUGUGGACAGUAGAGGACAGGAGAGAGCGGGAACCCGAACUCCACCUGGAGCCCCAAGAAUAAACUGUGACGAGCCUGUGCGUCCCAAGACUCAUUGUGAGCAGCACAGAGACAGUCUUCAGAGCGGAAAUGGUGGUGUUCCUCCUAUAGGAGCCUUCAUCCCUCAGUGUGAUGAGGAGGGUCAGUACAGAUCACAGCAGUGCCACGGGUCCACAGGUCACUGCUGGUGUGUGGACAGUAGGGGACAGGAGAGAGCGGGAACCCGAACUCCACCUGGAGCCCCAACAAUAAACUGUGAUGAGCCUGUGCGUCCCAAGACUCAUUGUGAGCAGCACAGAGACAGUCUUCAGAGCGGAAAUGGUGGUGUUCCUCCUAUAGGAGCCUUCAUCCCUCAGUGUGAUGAGGAGGGUCAGUACAGAUCACAGCAGUGCCACGGGUCCACAGGUCACUGCUGGUGUGUGGACAGUAGGGGACAGGAGAGAGCGGGAACCCGAACUCCACCUGGAGCCCCAAAAAUAAACUGUGAUGAGCCUGUGCGUCCAGUGCGUCCCAAGACUCAUUGUGAGCAGCACAGAGACAGUCUUCAGAGCAGAAAUGGUGACGUUCCUGUGGUAGGAGCCUACAUCCCUCAGUGUGAUGAGGAGGGUCAGUACAGAUCACAGCAGUGCCACGGGUCCACAGGUCACUGCUGGUGUGUGGACAGUAGAGGACAGGAGAGAGCGGGAACCCGAACUCCACCUGGAGCCCCGAGAAUAAACUGUGACGAGCCUGUGCCAGUCCAGCGUCCAGAGACCGUCUGUGAGCGCUGGAGAGCCAGUCUUUUACAGCAAUACGGAGGCCAGCCGGAUUCCCACCAUUAUCUACCUCAGUGUGACUCUUCCGGGGAGUUCAACCCAGUUCAGUGCUACGGAGACAGCAGCUACUGCUGGUGUGUGGACCAAAACGGGCGGGAAGUACCAGGAACCCGCUCACACGAUGCUGUGAAACCUGCCUGUAUACCUACUGUGGCCCCUCCCACUAUGCACCCUCAGCCACGCCCAGAUGUGACUCCGCCUCCAACAGGCACGUCCUUGCUUUAUGCCCAGGGCCAGCAGAUUGGGGUUUUGCCUCUCAAUGGCACUCAGAUGGACAAACAGAGAUCUUCAGUGCUGCUUGCUCUACAUGGUUCUAUAGUGGUUGGCAUUGAUUAUGACUGCAGAGAAAGAAAAGUUUAUUGGACGGAUCUGGCUGGACGGACAAUCAAUCGAGCCAGUCUGGAGCCAGGAUCAGAACCUGAGAUUAUAAUCAACACAGCUCUGACAAGUCCAGAAGGUCUCGCUAUAGAUGUUGCCCGUAGGAGACUGUUUUGGGUGGACAGCACAUCAGAUAAGAUCGAAACAGCAAACCUUGAUGGAAGUGACAGGCGUGUUCUGUUUGACACAGACUUAGUAAACCCCAGAGCCAUCAUCGUGGACUCACCUACAGGAAUGCUCUACUGGACUGACUGGAACCGAGAAGCUCCUAAAAUCGAGAGCUCCUCUGUGGACGGACAAAACCGAAGAGUCCUGGUACAGGACGGUGUUGGACUGCCCAAUGCUUUGACCUAUGACUCCACCACACGCCAGGUCUGCUGGGCCGAUGCAGGAACCAAGCGCCUGGAGUGUAUAUCGCCUAAUGGGACAGGGAGACGUGUGGUCCAUAGUAACCUGUAUUACCCCUUCAGCAUGGUCGCCUUCACCAAUCACUACUAUUACACAGACUGGAGGAGGGACGGAGUCAUCGCUCUUAGUCGAGAUAACCAAUCAACAGAUGAGCACUUGCCUGAUCAGAGGUCUCAUUUGUAUGGCAUUACAGUUGCUCCUCCACACUGUUUAUAAGGGAGACGCUAAUGACAGAGCCAGCGUUACAUGGUGCUAUUUUGGGGCGAGUGUUUGGAGAGCUUGUGCUGUGGGAAUCACGAUGGAGACGCGAACCCAGGAGAGAGCCAAUCGCAGAACACGCAAGUCUCGACGAACGUCACCGUCAAUGCCAAAGUGCAAAUUUACAAACGUGAAAGCGUGAAUAUUUUCUCAAAAUAGUUUUGUAAAUUUGUUUUAUACCUCAUUUCUUUCUACUGUACUUUUGUAUGUGACUUUUUGUUUAAAAAAACCUAACAAAUAAAAAAAAAUACCCUCAGAGGUUGCGUUUAGUUGUUUAAUUUGUUUUUAAAUACACUAAAACAGUAUUUUUGGGAGGAAAGCUUAACAUUUUUAAAUGAAAUUGCUUGGAACAUCCAAAGUGGUCUAUUACCAAACUUAAUUUUUAAACCUUUUUUAUCUUUUGUAAAAUGUGAUAUUUAUAACAAUAAAAUGUGAUUGACAACUUUAA